CAUAAAUGAAGAUAUGGAUAAACGUGUACAUGUCUAAGUGUAUAGGAUUGAUAGCCAUAAUACUUAGUUUUUGUUGGAUAGUUGAACAGAACUCUUUGCAGUCUCCCUGGAUGAAAUCCCAUUUAUAUGUUCUAUUUGUGUACCUUGAACAACUAUUUAUAGGGGGACAAUAUGUAUACAUCAGCUAGUGAUUUAUCACUAUUUCUUUUCUUUGAAAAUAUGUACUAUUUCUGCUUGUUUUCUAUUUUGUUUUGUUUUUCUUUAAAUAAAAAAAAUGCAUGGUUGUAGGAAUGAGAAAACAGAGCACAGAUGGGUAAAAACAUUUGCAAAUCUGAUCAGAGCAUGUAUAUCCAAAAGACACAGCAGCAGAGACCAGCAGGUGACUGUGUCAGGUCCUGGCAUGCAGCAACACCUGAUGUCAUCUGGUUUCAUCAGGACUACUAGCUGAGUUGCAUGUUGCCAGUUCGGCAUUUCAUGUGAACUGAGCAAAAGAACCCUCGGCUGACUGACAACACUCCACCAAGGGUAGACUGGGGGUCGCUCCACCACCAGUUCCCAGGAGGUCAACCUCAGCAGCUGCGUCUGCUUCUCCUGAAGAACCUAAGAGCCUUCGCCCGACUUUGGUUGAUUUUUGGGCUCCUCCUUGUUUUUCCUCCUCUGCUUCCGCUGGGAUCAGAUUUCUGUUUUGCAGGAAGCUUUCAGGGUUUUAUCUUUGCAGUCAGACGGGCACCAGCUUCCAUUCAGUUUGUCCAAGACGUGGCUAAAUUUUCCAGUCCCAAGAUCAACAUUUCCCUAGGACUCUGGGGAGCCUUGGUCUCACCCCAGUGGCUCCCUGGUCUGCAGAGCCUGUCUUCCUGGGGACUGUCUCACCAACUUUAUGCCACAUCCACUGAGGCACAUGGGUCUGGUGCCACCUCCUGAUCCACUAUCCCCCUUGGUGCUGCUCUGUCACUUCCCACAUGCUUCACAGCAGCUCUGUAGCCAGACAGUCUGGGCUCUGUCCCCUCACCUCCUGGGCAGCAAGUGCAGCCUGACAGGUCCUCCGUCCCCAAGACAUCUGCCUGGAGGACCAAGCACAGAUCAUCACCCAACCCUCGGCCAGCACCUCGAAUCCACAGACUGAGCGGAUCUUUGCAUAAAACACAGUGAACAAGGCACCAGGAUGCGGCUCAAAACACCAACAAGGAAAGGGACAACAAGAAGAGGAUGGCAACAAGGACAAGUACAGAAACAAGGAAAGGGACAGAAACAAGGAAAGGGACAGAAACAAGGAAAGGAAAGGCUACUGGAGCCUCAAGCAGGAAUAACACAACCUGGCCUGAUAUAAAAGCCUGGAACCCAGAGUACCUCACAAACACACACUCACACUCACUCACUCACACUCGUCCUCCAGCCCAAACCAGCCUUGGCCACCUCCACCAUGUCCCUCUGCUCCAGCGCUUGCACCAAGCCCUCGCAGCUAGACAACUGCCCAGACAGCUGCUGCGAGCCACCCUGCUGCACCUCCAGCUGCUGCCAGCCCACCUGCUGUGCCCCAGCCCCCUGCCUGAGCCUGGUCUGCACCCCAUGCUGCCAGUCAGGCUGCACCAGCUCCUGCACGCCCACGUGCUGCCAGCAGUCGAGCUGCCAGCCGGCCUGCUGCUCCUCCUCCUGCCAGCCGGCCUGCUGCUACUCUUGCCAGCUGUCCUGCUGCACACCUGCCUGCUGCACACCUGUCUGCUGCACACCUGCCUGCUGCACACCCGUGUGCUGUACACCUGCCUGCUGCACACCUGUGUGUUGCACACCUGUGUGCUGUAAGCCUGUGUGCUGCACACCCGUCUGCUCCGGUGCCUCUUCCUCCUGCUGCCAGCCUGCCUGCUGCUCCUGCUCCCCCUGCCAGCCGGCCUGCUGCGUGCCCAGCUGCUGCACGCCCUCCUGCUCCUCCGUGUCCCUGCUCUGCCGCCCUGUGUGCAGACCCGCCUGCUGCCUGCCCUCCUCCUCCUGCUGCACCUCGUCCUGCCAGCCCAGCUGCUGCUGCCCAUCCUCCAGCGUGUCCCUACUCUGCCGUCCUUCCUGCCCCCGCCCCGCCUGCUGUGGCCUCUCCUUGGGCCAGAAGUCCUGCUGCUGACUAGCCUGGUCCAUCUUGGUGGGCAGACUGAGCUCCAACCUCAGGGCUCCCUCUGCUGGCCACAUGACCACCUUCAGGAUUGCUCCACCUCACACCUUACAGCCAGGGAUUUCCUGUCACCUCCAGGAUGGGCCAGUGAGCAGGAUGUGACCUUCCCUGGUUGCUCCCUCCUGAGCUGUGGCAUUUUCGCUCAGCCCUCCCAGCCUUCCUCUGCUGCCUCAGCGGUGUCCUCCUUCCCUACAAGUUUCUUGCAUUGCAGUUAAUAAACUGCCUCUCUCCCA